UGCAGAUUUUUCGCGCCAUGUCAGACCUGGCGUCAAAUAUCACUCCCAUAACGUUUGUUGUUGAGACGGAUAAUCAGAUGGAGGCGGACAAGCGGACCUUCACAACAGAACUCGUGCUUGCUUCCCUCAGCUUAGUAUUUGCCACCUUAUCGCUUAUUUCAUCCGUGGGGCUAGUGACCAGAAAUGAGACACAAUGGGGCGAGUACAACAGAAGGCUGCAAGCUAUUGAGAGCAGGACAUCACUCCAUGAUAACAACAACGUAUUCUAUAAACUUCAAUACAAUGAGACGACAAAGGAUAGCAAAAGCAGUAGAGUCCGAAGGAGUACGACAUCAACCAGAUUAAGAAAUGCAACUGAAAAAGGACGGAGCAUCGACCGAGACCUUCAACUCUUCAUGAAAUCAAUGAGCUAUAUCUACUGCGAUAAGGACAGACUUAUAUUAAAGGGUGAUCCAGGUCCACCAGGACCGCCAGGAAUUAUGGGAAGGCGAGGGCCGCGUGGUAUACAAGGAAGAAAGGGAAAUCGCGGUGUGCAAGGCAUCCCGGGAAGCCAUGGCAUACCAGGAAGGAUUGGAAUAAAAGGAGAGAAGGGAAAAACGGGAAGAAAAGGUGAUUCUGGUAUGAAGGGGGAUGAUGGAAAAAUUGGUCAGAAGGGCGACCGAGGAGAACGCGGCGAAACGGGUUUCAAAGGAGAGAAAGGAGAUGCUGGGAUCUCGGUCAGGGCGCCAACCAUCACUCAACCUCCGAAAUCACUCAUCACUAUCGCAGGCGAAACUAUCUUUUUGACAUGCUCCAGUGAAGGGCUCCCGUCUCCGAAAAUAGACUGGGGACGAGUAUCCGGGACCUUGCCUUCAGGUCGUCACGUGGUCCAUAGUAAUGGUACUCUGGCUUUGACGCAGCUGCGCAGUGGAGACGAAGGGUUGUACGCAUGCGUGGCUAAGAAUGUUCUAGGCAAGGCACGUGCAUUUGCAUCUGUCGGAGUUCUCGUCCCCAUUCAAAUGGCGCACAAACCAGAAGACCAAGUUGUCCAGGAUAAUUCAACGGUCAUGCUUAACUGCCAGGCCACAGGGUUCCCAGACCCUAACUACACAUGGUACAGAAACAAUCAAGUGCUAACCACCCUAACCUCCGACAACGGCUCUUUCAUUAUCACCAAGGCAACCGCAGAUGACAGUGGCGUGUACGUUUGCGCUGCAAAGAACAUGCUUAAUGAAGUACGCGCAACAGCUAAGCUUAUCGUUGCUAGGCUACUGUCGUUUACGCUGACACCGCCAGCUGUACUGCAGGCUCAUGCCGGCGCCAAGGUGCUACUGAAUUGUCAAGCGGACAGCGGUCUCUUGGUGCCACGAAUUAAGUGGCUGCGUGCUGGCAAGCACGUGACUGAUGGUGUCCAUAGCAACGGCAGUCUGGAGGUCAACGUGACGUCUCUGGCAGAUGAAGGGACAUAUGCGUGUGUUGCUGAGAACGAUGUCGGUGCAAAAAUAAAUUCAAGCUGCGAAGUGAAGGUGUAUUUCAGAACUUGUAGCGAGUUAAAAUUGUCUGGUGCAGUGGUCAGCGGUCAGUACCUUUUGGAUCCUGAUGGCCCUGGUGGAGUCCCGUCAUUCAACGCGACCUGUAAUAUGCGUGACGUAGAUGGCGUGACGGUGUUAGGUCACGAUACUGAACGGCGCACAUUAGUACAGGGAUAUUUAUACCCCGGAAGCUAUUUCAAGCGCGUCAACUACAGCGGACUCACCACACACCAACUCGAGGCCCUGACACAGGCAUCCCGUCAGUGCAAACAGUUCAUCAAAUACGAGUGCUUACGGUCGGUAUUGCUGUGGAAUGGUCACCCAUACGGCUGGUGGGUGUCACGUGACGACUUAUUAUGGCCGUUUGCUUCAGACAGUUCUUCAAGCUUUCCGCAAAGACCAGCGUUGCCACAGUGAUUCUCUUCGCUGUUGUUAUAUAUGGACUUCUCUUUGUUAAACUAAAAAAUCAGGACGUCGAGUUUAAACGUGCUCUGUUUGUCUCCGGUAACGAGCUACCUCAAGAAACACGACAGCAUCUUAGCACAGAGGAGUGCGAGAAAACGCUGACCUGUUUGACAGAGGGCUCAUGGGUUUUGAGGGAGGGAACCUCAAAAGAGGAUCACAAAA